AUGGUUGGUGCAGGUCAGCUCUUCUAUUCCAUGCACAUCAACAACCGGCUCUACGACCAAGUCAGGGAGCAAGUGAAGUCGGUGGAAUGGAAGAUCGACCAGGCCUCGUGGUUGCCCCAGUGCUUUCCUCCAGGGGAAGCCUUGUGUAGCGCUGCGUUUGGCGCAGCGGGCAUCGAGGGAUUACAGUUGGUCUUUUACCCGUCGGGAUACUGCGGAGCCACUGAAGGUUUUUGUUCGUUGUUCCUAUCCGCGCCAGCUGGUGCCUUUGUAAAGUGUGUGCUCUAUGCGGGCAAGGAGCGAAGAGAUGCGAAUCACAUCUUCGAGCGCCCUGGAGCAUUUGGACGGACGAAUUUCUGUCAGUUCGACAGCUGUGUGGAGGAUGGCAGCAUCUUGAUCCGCCUGGAGGUGCUGGAGGCGCAUCAGGACGUGGUGUGCAAAGUCGCUUCAGCAGUUCCGAAGCCCGGGGAGAUGCGGUCCUUGUCGCAGUUGGAGGGUGUUGUCAGCGGCCCCGUGCAGAGCGCUGUGAAGCUGCGGCGUCAGGGGCACACCUUAGAG